AUGCUUGGCGAUACCUACCAAGCGCAGACCGAAGUCGCCGUGGAAGACGGCGAUGGGGCGCCGGCCGAGUCGGUCAAGCGACGGCGACGCACCAUGACCAGCACCGCCGAGAUCGACAGCACCAUCACCCAUCCCGGAUCCGUGCGCAUCAAUGUCAAGGGCGCCUUCAUCGUCGACACAUCCGAACACCCAGGCACCCCGGCCAACGGUAACGGCAACGGCAACGGCAUCGGUAACGGUAACGGCAAUGGCAACGGCAGCGGUAGCAAUCACGAGGGCAAGGACAUCAGGCUGCCGAAUCACACGGCCGUCGUUAGCCAUAUCGCCGUCGAUAUCGGUGGGUCCUUGGCGAAGCUCGUCUACUUCUCCCGCGAAGCCCACUCAACGAUACCCGGUGGGAGGCUGAACUUCCAGUCCUUCGAGACCGACCGCAUAGACGACAUGAUCGAGUUCAUGCGACACCUCAAGGACAAGCAGCUCACCCUCAAUGGGUCAAAGCCCAACGACCUGUGCGUCAUGGCCACCGGCGGCGGCGCCUACAAAUACUACGACCGGAUUCGAGAGAGGCUGGGUGUGGAUGUUCUGCGCGAAGACGAGAUGGAGUGUUUGAUAAUUGGGCUCGAUUUCUUCAUCACUGAGAUACCCCGGGAGGUCUUCACAUAUUCUGAGACGGAUCCGAUGCAUUUUGCGCAGCCCGACGCAAACAUAUACCCCUACAUGCUGGUGAACAUCGGUUCCGGCGUCAGCAUCCUCAAGGUGUCCGGACCGAGGGAAUACGAGCGUGUAGGUGGUACGUCGCUCGGUGGUGGAACAUUGUGGGGCUUAUUGUCGCUUCUUACACCGGCCGAGAACUUCGACGACAUGCUGGAGAUGGCAGCAGAAGGUGACAAUGCCAAGGUAGACAUGCUGGUUGGCGAUAUCUACGGUGCAGACUACGGCAAGAUCGGGCUGAAGAGCACCACCAUUGCCAGUUCGUUCGGUAAAGUUUUCCGAAUGAAGCGGGAGGCAGAGAACGACGCAGAAGACAACGGUGACCUGUCGCACGGUGAUCAGAACUACCGACCAGAAGCGCAGGAACAAGGCUCACAACCCGACUCCUCAGCGCCAUCCUCGUCACAACCCCCGGCACGUCCUGUAUCCUCCAAGGGCGGCGAUCUAGCACGCGCCCGCUUCUCCAGCUCCGAUAUCUCGCGCUCGCUCCUCUACGCAAUCAGCAACAACAUCGGCCAGAUUGCGUACCUGCAAUCGCAGGUGCAUGGUCUGUCGCACAUCUACUUCGGCGGGUCCUUCAUCAGGGGCCAUCCGCAAACCAUGAAUACGCUCAGCUACGGUAUGAAGUUCUGGAGCAAAGGGCAGAAGCAGGCCUAUUUUCUGCGGCACGAGGGCUACCUCGGGGCGGUCGGCGCGUUUCUCAAGCGCCAGCCCCGGAAUUGGGGACGCAGGGGCAGCUUUGAAGAGGGCGAGGGACUCGAGGACCGGCUGAGGGAACGACACCAGGAUGGGGAUACGCAGAGGGUCGUUCUGUGA